ACAAAGUUUAACUUUGUGCAGCAGACGCUCAGUGCAGUGCAGUCAGUGCGCUCGAGCCGUUUACCGGUGCGGUCCACACUAUUAUGGAGCGGCGACACUGGUCCUGAGGAGACGUUUACAACAGCAGAGGCUAAAAGAGACCGUGACAUCGCCACGGGGAAUUAGAGACGUUUAUUAUUUUGUUAUAAACAGUUACAAAACGGAUUAUAACAGAAGGUCGGCUGCGGUGUGAUUAACCAAUAAAAAUGGGGAGCCGGGGACACUACCGGUACCACUGGCAAAGCCACAAUGUCAAGCAGAGCGGUGUGGAUGAUAUGGUGCUGCUGUCCAAGAUCAAUGAAGAUGCUAUUGUGGAAAACCUCAAGAAAAGAUACAUGGAUGACUACAUUUUUACAUACAUUGGUCCUGUACUCAUCUCAGUAAACCCUUUCAAACAAAUGCCUUACUUUGGGGAGAAAGAAAUAGAGAUGUACCAAGGCGCAGCUCAGUAUGAGAACCCUCCUCAUAUCUACGCUCUUGCUGAUAACAUGUAUAGAAACAUGAUGAUUGAUCGUGAGAACCAGUGUGUGAUUAUCAGCGGUGAAAGUGGAGCAGGGAAGACCGUAGCAGCAAAGUACAUCAUGGGCUACAUUUCCAAAGUGUCAGGUGGAGGACCCAGAGUUCAGCAUGUCAAAGACAUCAUUCUUCAGUCUAAUCCCCUUCUUGAGGCCUUUGGGAAUGCUAAGACAGUGAGGAACAACAACUCCAGUCGAUUUGGGAAAUACUUUGAGAUUCAGUUCAGUUCCGGCGGCGAGCCAGAUGGUGGGAAAAUCUCCAACUUCCUUUUGGAAAAAUCACGAGUGGUGAUGCGGAAUCCUGGAGAGAGAAGCUUCCACAUCUUUUAUCAGCUAAUAGAGGGAGCCAGUGGAGACCAGAAAAGCAGUCUGGGUAUCACCAGUCUGGAUUACUACUCUUACCUCAACCAGUCCGGUUCCUACAAAGUGGACGAUAUCAACGACAAGCAUGAUUUCCAAGAAACCUUGCAUGCCAUGGAUGUGAUUGGUAUCUCAGUGAUGGACCGCUCCAUGGUGCUGCAGAUUGUGGCAGGAAUUCUUCAUCUUGGGAACAUCAACUUCAGGGAAGCGGGGAAUUAUGCUGCUGUGGAGAAUGAUGAGUUUCUGGCCUUUCCUGCCUUCCUGUUGGGCAUCGAUCAGGAACGUUUAAAAGAAAAACUCACCAGCCGAAAGAUGGACGGCAAAUGGGGAGGCAAGUCUGAGUCCAUAGAUGUGACUCUGAAUGUUGAACAAGCAUGCUUCACACGCGACGCUCUCUCCAAAGCUCUACACUCUCGUGUUUUUGACUACCUGGUAGAGUCCAUCAAUAAAGCUAUGGUCAAGGAACACCAGGAGCUGAACAUCGGAGUAUUGGAUAUCUACGGCUUUGAGAUUUUUCAGAAAAAUGGAUUCGAACAAUUCUGCAUCAACUUUGUGAAUGAAAAACUGCAGCAGAUUUUUAUUGAACUGACUCUAAAAGCUGAACAGGAUGAGUAUGUACAGGAAGGCAUCAGAUGGACUCAAAUAGAGUACUUCAACAAUAAGAUCGUCUGUGACCUCAUUGAGAGUAAAAUAAAUCCUCCAGGCAUUAUGAGUAUAUUAGACGAUGUUUGCGCUACUAUGCAUGCGAAGGGUGAAGGUGCAGAUCAGACAAUGCUGCAGAAGCUCCGAAUGCAGAUCAACAACCACGAGCACUUUAACAGCUGGAAUCAGGGCUUCAUCAUCCACCAUUAUGCUGGAAAGGUGUCUUAUGAUGCAGAGGGUUUCUGUGAGAGGAACAGAGACGUGCUGUUCACUGACCUGAUCGAGCUGAUGCAGAGCAGUGAAAUAGCUUUCAUCCGUGCCCUGUUCCCAGAAAACCUCAAUGCUGAGAAAAAAGGCAGACCGACUACUGCAGGGAGUAAAAUUAAGAAACAAGCCAACGAUCUAGUGAGCACCUUGAUGAAGUGCACGCCUCACUACAUCCGCUGUAUAAAACCCAACGAGACCAAGAAGCCCAAAGACUGGGAGGAGAGCAGAGUGAAGCACCAGGUGGAGUAUUUGGGUCUGAAGGAGAAUAUAAGAGUAAGACGUGCAGGGUAUGCUUACAGAAGAAUCUUCCGCAAGUUUUUGAACAGGUACGCCAUUUUAACGAAGGAGUCAUGGCCGACGUGGCGUGGCGAUGAGAAGCAGGGUGUGCUGCACCUCCUACGCUCAGUAAACAUGGACCAAGACCAGUAUCAGCUCGGACAUACCAAAAUCUUUAUCAAAGCCCCUGAGUCGCUGUUCCUGCUGGAGGAGACGAGAGAGCGCAAAUUCGAUGGCUAUGCUAGAACCAUUCAGACUGCCUGGAGGAAAUAUUGUGCACGCAAGAAAUAUGUUCAGAUGAGAGAGGAAGCCUCUGAUCUGCUGCUGAACAAGAAGGAGAGACGACGGCACAGCUUGAACAGAAACUUUGUGGGUGAUUAUCUGGGUAUGGAUGACCGGCCUGAACUCAGGCAGUUCGUGGGUAAAAGAGAAAAGAUUGAUUUUGCUGACAAGGUCAACAAAUUCGACAGGAGGUUUAAGAGCAUCAAGAGAGACCUGAUCCUCACCCCUAAAUCUGUUUACCUGAUCGGAAGAGAAAAGGUGAAGCAGGGGCCGGAGAAAGGGCUGGUUAAAGAGGUCUUAAAGCGCAAAAUUGAUGUUGAGAAGAUUUUAGCAAUUUCUCUAAGCACAAUGCAGGAUGACUUUAUGAUCCUGCACGAGGACGAGUACGACAGCCUGCUGGAGUGUGUGUUCAAGACAGAGUUCAUCAGCUUAUUGGCACGCAGAUAUGAAGAGAGAACACAGAGAAAACUACCUCUCAAAUUUAGCAACACGAUGGAAAUGAAACUGAAAAAGGAAAAAUGGGGACCCUGGAAUGCCGGUGGCUCCAGACAGGUGCAGUUUAUGCAAGGUCAAGGAGAUGUAGCUGUGCUGCGACCCUCAAAUAAAAUGCUGCAGGUCAGCAUUGGACCCGGUUUGCCCAAAAACUCACGUCCUACCAAGAAAGGCAUCACUCAAAGCCAGCCCAACAGGUCUAGAACACAUCACCACACCCCAACACGAGCCGCACCCGGCCCACCAGUUGCUCACCAGAAUGGAGGCCUGAAGAAUUCAAACCACAGAAACUCACAGCAUCACAGCAACCAGAGGGCGACGUCUGAAAACACUGCCCGGCCGUUCCUGCCUACGAAUGUCAGUCAGCUGAGGGAAAGAGGCAGCAGACACGCACCACAGCAACCCAAUCUGGACUUCCUGAGAGUACCCGACCAAGGGGCUGCUGGCAGAAAUCGACAGCCAACUGACAAUGGAGGAAUGGCCCACAGACAGUCCACAAACAGGCCAGCUCCAGGAGGAGGACGACCCAAACCUGCCCCCAAACCAAAGCCUCAGGUGCCUCAGUGUAAAGCCCUUUACGCCUACGAUGCCCAGGACACAGAUGAACUCAGUUUCAACGCAGAUGACAUCAUUGAGAUCAUUAAAGAAGACGCCUCCGGAUGGUGGACGGGGAGACUGAGAGGUAAACAAGGCCUUUUCCCCAACAACUAUGUGACCAAGAUCUAACCUCUCCUGCUGUAAAAGAGGGGACCAGACUUGAACCUCAGCGCACUUAUUGGACAAAGAAAAGAGGACAAACUGAGACAAUGAAAGACAGAGUAAAGUGUUUUUGCUCUGCAUUGCGUUGCGACGAACGCUUGAAGCUCUUUUCCAGGGCGCCAAAUACUGAGCUGUCCCUGAGAGCACUGAUCAAAACUAUUUAUUGUAUUUAUAUUCUAGCAUUCUACAGUUUAAUUUCUGAUGCGCUUUGUUCAUCUGUCCUUGAUAUUUAAGGUGAUCUUAAUUCACUUGAAGAGAUGAAGUAGCCAUUUUACAUGGGAACAGGCUUUUUUUUUUAUCAUUUUGCUCUUGAGAUGGAUAGGUUUUUAUACGUAAAUGAAGGUGCUUACCUUUAGAGUCACCUGCUGUUUGUGUAUGUGUAUUUUCUUUUUUUUCCAUUCUAUUGAAGUCAUGUCCAAAUCAAAGGUUUUAGUGGGGAAUGGGUUUUUUUUUGCUGCUAAAAACCGUUUUGCCACGUUUAUUCCCUUUCAUAUUGCAGUUAAGAGAAACCCAAAUGUAUAUAAUGCACUACAGUUCUUGAAAAAACACGGAUUGUAUGAUUAUCCAAUUUAUUAUCUUGGAACAAUGUUGAAUGUAUCAUUGUGCAAAAGACGCAAACAGUUGGGUUAAACUGUCUAAAUUUCAACUACAGUGGUAUUUGAAUGCAUUAUUUUACAGAUCAACAAUCAUCUGUCAGUGUGUAAAGUAGAUAAUAACAUCAUACAGAUGUACUAAUAGGGUCAUCCACAUCAACAUUUGCCAAGGUGUUUGAUUUAUAAGAAUCAGUGGCUCAAUCCAAGAUACUUUUUUUGGAGUUCCUGAAAAUACAGAAGUCAUUUCCAUAUUUUCUUAUGAGCAUUUUUUUACAGUCAUUGGUGAUGUUUGCAUACUAUCCUACUGAUGAGGUUGCCUUGUCUAAUACACAAAUUCAAAACUUCAA